AAAGGCAGAAAAACCUCAUCUUCGUCUUUGGGGAUAACACAGAAAGAAAGAACUGAAGACGAAGAAGAAGAAGAAAAAGAAGGCGGCGGCAAAAGAAUGGCUUCAAUAACAGCAAUGUCAUUGUCACCUUGCCUUUCAAGUAGAGGCAUACAGCAAGCCUUCACACCUUCUGCUUCUCUCACAUUCCUCACUGGGUCAAGAACCAGGAAGAGCUCUGUGUCUCUCAACGCUGCCACUCCUCGUUCUUCGUUGCUUCACUGCUCCUUCGUCCCUUCAUCCUCUCUCUCUUUCCCUUCCUCGUUUUCAGGUUUAUCUCUUGGGUUGGAUUUGACUUCUAGUAUUGGGGUUGGAAGAAGAAGAGGCUCUGGCUUAGUGGUGAGGGCUGGGAAGGCUGCUCUGUGUCUAACCAAGAGAAAUAGGUCCCGGAAAUCUUUGGCUCGAACUCAUGGCUUCCGUAGACGCAUGAGAACCACUGGUGGUAGAGCAAUGUUGAAGCGCCGACGUGCUAAGGGACGGAAGAUCCUCUGCACAAAGACCAAUCCCAACAGUGGAAAACGUGCCUGAUUGUGUCUUUUUCGUAUUCAGUUUAUCAGAUCUUGUCAAGAGUACAUUAGCUAGUACAAGAUGGGGCAUUUUCACAACCAAUAAUAGUAUUUCUGCAUAAAUAUGAAAAAGGAGAAUCUGGUAGUCUUGGGUUCGGUCUACAGCUAUAGGUGAAGUCGACAAGAUUUUAUAGUUACAUGACAAUAAGCAUAUAAUUCAGAAAGCCUUGUUGAUGGAAAGCUUUCUGAACAAGGCCACAAACACCUUCUGGAGCAUCCUCAUGCUGUGAGGCUUCUCCUGUGGCGGCAAUGGCAACGGAAACUGCAGGUUGUGCGGACAGAGCCUUGAGUAGGUCGAUUUCGCUAUUGGGAGGCAACUCUCUUCAUGACCAGAAGUUCCAUCCAGACUAUGGUAUGGGUAAUUGCACUGGCGGACCCAGAAUUUUUUUAGCGGUGGUGCAAUAUUGACGAAGUAUGAAAAAUGGUUUUUCGGAAUAAUCAUUUUUUCAAGAUAAUUUUUUGCGACUUUUAUUCCUUAUACAUCAAAUAAGAAAACUUGAUUUUA